GUGCGCCGGAGAAGUGCGUCACGGCGACCCAGCAGAGCCAGGAUAACCCCCCACCCCCCCGCACCCCCGAUCCAGACUCCGACCGAGGGACGAAAAUCCGCGCCCGCAUCAGAAAUGAUCUUGUUUUGAAUUUUCUCACUUUUACGCAUCUCUUUUGGAUUUUCCCAUUCUGGAUGCGACUUUUCUACUUUUUAGAUCGCUAUUUUUUUUUUUUAAGUGGCAACGGCCUUUUUUGUUGUUGUCUGUUGUCCUUUUUGUUGUUGUGUGUUCGCGGCGAUUGAGCGCGAGGGGAACCCAAAGCAACAGCUGAGGACUGUAUCCAAACCCCGCUGCAUGGAUUAGGACGCGCCCCCGGCUGUGCUCACGGACGUUCCUCUCUGCGCAAACACCAAGAUGAAAUCUGCCGAGGAGGAGGCAUACGGCUAUACGCCAAACGUCAGUCUCUCCAUCCCAUUGGGCAACCCCUGCCUUCCCUCCCAGUACCACAGCCUCCAAUCCAGCCCCAUCAUAUCCGUCGCCGAGCCGCACGGCUACAACGCCCAGGACGACAUGAGAGCGGCCGGCUACUAUUCGGCGUCCCGUCCGAGCGGGGCCCCGGCGCUGGAGAGCCCUCGCAUUGAGAUUACCGCCUACGGCCAGUUUCCCGAGGAGGAGGUGGAGGAGAGCAACCUACCCGUUGCCAAGCGACUGAACUCCAUAGUGACGUUGACCCUCCCCGGCGGCGACAGCUACCGCGACCCCAGCUGCCUCAGCCCGGCCAGCAGCGUCUCGUCCCGCAGCUGCCACUCCGACGCCUCCUCCUACGAAUCCAGCUUCUCCUACAACUACGACAACUCGCCCCAGAACUCACCCUGGCAGUCGCCUUCGGUGUCGCCCAAGGGCUCCGCUCUCACUCUGCCGGGCGACGGCUGCGUCUCCGGCUGCUCCCCGCGCCACUCCCCCUCCAGCUCCCCUCGCGCCAGCGUGACGGAUGACACCUGGAUGGGCCAGCGGGGCUCCAGGCCCAACUCCCCGUGCGGGGCGAAGAGGAAGUACAGCUUCAACGGCAGCGGGGCCUCGCACAAGCACUACCCGUACUCCCCCAACAUCUCCCCGGGACGCUCCCCGCAUGCCUCCCCCCGCCUCAGUAUCACGGAGGAGACCUGGCUGCCAAACACCAACCAGUACACCAAUUCGGCCAUCCUGGCGGCCAUCAACGCGCUGACCACAGACGGGGUGGUUGACCUGGUGGAGGGGAUCCCCCUUAAAGCCCGCAAGACCAGCUCGGAGCACAGCGCCACGGUCGGCAUGAAGGUGGAGCCGGAGGGUGAGGAGCGUCGGGGGGAGCCGUGUCAGGAAGAUCACCCCUCCAACCGCCCGCCGUUAAAGAAGGAGGGCUGCAGCGGCGUGUUUCUGGAUGUGCCACAGCACCCGUACUCCUGGUCCAAGCCAAAGCAGCAUGUCAGCCCGUCCCUGCCGGCUCUCGACUGGCAGCUCCCGUCCAGCUCGGGGCCGUACAGCCUGCAGAUCGACGUGCAGCCCAAGUCCCACCACCGAGCGCACUACGAGACGGAGGGCAGCAGGGGAGCUGUGAAGGCCCUGGCAGGGGGACACCCAGUCGUUCAGCUUCACGGCUACGUGGAGAGCGAGCCGCUGACCCUGCAGCUGUUUAUCGGCACCGCCGACGACAGGCUGCUGAGGCCGCACGCCUUCUACCAGGUGCACCGCAUCACCGGCAAGACCGUGUCCACGCCGAGCCACGAGGCCCUGCACAACAACAACACCAAGAUCCUGGAAAUCCCACUGCUGCCAGAGAACAACAUGCGGGCCGUAAUCGACUGCGCGGGCAUCUUGAAGCUGCGCAACUCCGACAUCGAGCUGAGGAAGGGGGAGACGGACAUCGGGCGCAAGAACACGCGCGUGAGGAUGGUGUUCAGAGCGCACAUCAACCAGCCCACGGGCCGGACCGUGUCCCUGCAGGUUUCAUCCAACCCCAUCGAGUGCUCCCAGAGAUCCGCCCAGGAGCUGCCUCUGGUGGACAAGCGCAGCUUGGAGACGUGUCCCGCCCACGGGGGCGAGCGGAUGAACAUCGACGGACACAACUUCCAGCACGACUCCAAGGUGGUGUUCGUGGAAAAGGCUCAAGAUGGUCACCACCUCUGGGAGACCGAGGCCAAGGUUGACAGAGACGCCUCGAAGCCUACUUCACUACUCAUUGAAAUCCCUCCCUAUCGGAGCCAAAGACUCUCCGCUCCGGUCCACGUGAACUUCUACGUCUGUAAUGGCAAGAGGAAAAGAAGCCAGUACCAGCGCUUCACUUACGUCCCUGCCAGUGCCCCGACGAUAAAGAUGGAGCCGCGCGACGACUUCGACGCCCCGCCGCUGUGCGGCCAGCGCGGCCUGUCCUUGCAAGCAAAGCCCUACUUCCCCCCACAGGUCAUGACCCAGAUGAUGACCUCUGACCUCGGGCCCUGCUCAGUGGGCGGGUCUUACUCCGUCAGUGUGGAUGGCAAGCCCUCCCCUGUGCCGGCCUCGUCUUCUCCGAGCACCAGCCCCGAGCUGCACGACCUGUCGCCGCCGCCCUUCUCCAAGCUGCCCCCCGGCGCCCCGCAAGCCCACCACCCGAUGUCUCACGUCUCCAUCAUCCGGGAGACACCCGGGCGCUACCCGCCGCCCGGCUUCUACCCUCCCAGCAGCUCCUCCUCCUCCUCGUCCCCCCCGACCUCGCAGCCCUCCACGCCGACGGACGGCCCUUUCUCUCCGGCCGUGUGCGUGACGCCGGUUCAGACGGGCAGCGGCGACGCCAGCCCCGGAGCCCAGCACCCCCCCAAGGUGGCGCCGAGGGGGCGGGGUUCCCUCCAGGAGGACGGCAGCCCGCCGGCGCUGGCUGUCAGCAUCAAACAGGAACCGCAGGAGCUGGACCAGAUGUACCUGGAUGAUGAUGCGCAGGAGGUCAAAGCCAGAUCAAAUAGAGGAGAGGAGGUCAGUCAGUUCAGUCUGGGCCGGGAACGGCGCGCGUGGCAGCGGAGCGGCGCGCUGUAGGAGGGUGGAGAUGAGUCAAUGAAAUCAUCCGGAACGACCUGUCGAGCAUCUCCGUCCACAGCCACGCGUAGUUUCCCAUCCGUGACAAAACUGAAACGGGAAACUCCCGAACAAAAAAAGGAAACACCAAACGAAAGAUUUGACGUCGUGCUUGUCAUGCUCGGACUACAGCAGGAAGCAGCGAAAAAGGAAAUGCAAAGGGAGCAAAUGUAAAUGUGUUGUCCACAUGACACGGGUCCAACGCGUGCCUUGUUCUUACAUAAAUAAUGCCUUUAUGAAAAAAUGAUCCAAAGAAUGAAUCACAUGACUGACUUACCUGCCGCCCCCAGCCUCAAAGUCUGCUUGUAGAGGACCAAAACAUGUUUCUAUAUUUCUUCUUUUGGUGCAGUUUGUAAAUGAUUCAGUGCCUUUGAGUUAUGUAAUUUGUAUAUACAGCAUCUGUUGUGCUUUAUUUUCCAUAUCUGGCUUUACAAAGAAAAAAAAAGUGCCUUUUUGACUGGAAACGGCAGAAAGAUUUCAUCACAAUUGGAAAUUUGUAAUUAACUCCAAAAUGCUUUUGAGAGUGAGGCUGUAGCAACGAAACCCUGAGAUCCAAGUGAUCAAAGGGGUUUCAUUCCUCAUGAGUUCAACCUUUCCUUUUGUAAACGGACGUUGUUAUUUUUUCAGAGGCCGUUGUUAAUAUUAGAAUUUAAUAUCUUUGGUAUUUGCAACCAAUAAUAAGCACUUAAUCAGUAAACUUGUGGUAUCUAGUAGUUUAUUCCAUAUAGAGUUGCAAAUGAGAUAAUGCUUUUUCUGUUGUAAUACUCAUCUCAGCCUCGGAGGGUCGUGGAUAAAAUAGGACUAAAGGUACAAAUGCAAAGUGUGUUGCACAAACACACUUUGCAUUUGUACCUUGUGUUUAGUCCUAUUUAAAGGACGUGUUAAACCAACCGUUGUGUGCAAUUACACAAUGUAUGUAAAUUAAAACUCCUGUGGAGGAAAAGAGGAAGUUUCAGGCGAUUUAGAUCACAGGGCAGUGGUGCUAUUUGUCCUCGUGUCUUAUUUGGGUAUUUCUAAAACAGGAGCCGGACGUCAGGACGAUGAUCCCGCGGAAGAAGAAAAUAACCCCGACAGCAAAAAUGACCUCAGCAAAUUUCUUUUUUACGGAUGAAUAAAUAAAGAUGCAGAAUCACAGGAGAGGAAAGUUGAGAACCAACUUUAAAUAUAAAUCCCCUGCAUUUCAUUUUCUUUUUUGCCGCUUAUGGCUUCAGUUGAAAAAAAAAACAAGUGUGUAGUGACAGAAGUCUGAGUCAUUUAGUCAUUUAUGCAUACUGACUGUAAAAUAACAGUACAAUGCAGUAAACUUUUUGCUACAGUGAUAUUGGUUUGACUUUUAUUGAAGAAGGAAUCCGACCUGGAAGCUGUGCAACAUGCCGGGAGUCUGUCGAGGACGAGACCCGAGGCCUCUAACCCAAACAGCAAUACAAAUAUAUAUAAAUUCUUUAAUGUGUGUUUUUUGUAUUUUCAUAUUUAUUCUCUUAGCAUGUGCUCUGUUUAUCCACGUUCAUCAUACAGCCUCUUUUACAUGGUUCCUUACGUACUGUGGUGUAUCUACUCGUUUGCUCUCUUGUAAGUAAACCUAAAUGGGGCUUACCGACGUUCGCUCCCAGGUUUUAUACGUAUUUAUGAGUCUUAAUCCUUGUAACUGAAGCCAUACUGGAAUGUUUACCGCGGAGGUUGUUUUUGUUGUGGAACAACUCAUAAUUCUGCAUAAUUCUAUUUUUGUGUAAUUGUCAAUAAAAGUCUUCAUCUCGUU